CAUCCAUCGAAAGUGCGGGCUGAUCUUCCAUGUCUCCCGCGGAUUUCAUUAUAUGGAAGUGUGUCGAACUCUGCGAGUGAUAACAGCCAAUAGAUACUUACCUGUCUUACUGAGGAGUUGUCAACAUUGAUGCCAACCGCCAUAAUACAGAAGAAGAAGAAGAAGAAGGCAUUUGUAGACGACCCCUGCACUCCGGUCUUGCAAAACCCGGUACCGGGCCGCGGCCCCGGGGUUGGGGACCUCUGCUCUAAAUCAGGGGUCGGCAACCCGCAGCUCCGGAGCCGCAUGCGGUUCUUCAGCCUCCUUGUUGUGGCUCCCUUCGCCGAGCACGAUGUUCAAAAUCCAUGGAAUACCCUGGAAGAGGACUCUGACCAGCAUCCUGGAGGAGCUUAGCAAUGACCAGCUUCAAAAACUCUUGGAGCACCAUCUAGACAAAAUCCCUCAAAGUCGGAAGGAGUCCUUGUCCCGUGAUCACCUGUCUCAGUUGAUUGUGGAGCAUUACGGCGAGGAGAAGUCCAUCAACCUCAUCCAAAAAGCCAUGAAGGACAUUCCCAGGAAGGAUGAGGCAGUCAUGUCUCUGCUCCUCCCCUAUGUCCACAACGUCAAGGAGAUGAAGCGGAAGCGAGCUGAGGCGAGGAAGCUCAAGAAGAACGACACAACGACGCAAAGGAAAACUUCAGCAGCGAAGAAGGUCAACAUGAACGCCAUGACGACAAAGGAGGAAAUUUCAGCAGAUGUGUCCCCGAGGCAUCAUGCUGAGAAAAUAGGAAGGUCCACUGCUGAUGAUGAAGAUGGGUCAAGAGGUUUGCAGGACUUACUGGCGGCCUCUGUGCAGUCAUGGAGAAUGAGCAUCCAGGACCUGAAGAGGGGCGACCAGCUGGCCGGCAAGGCUAUCGUCUGCAAGGUGGUCAAAAAGACAGCUUUGCUCACGUAUGAGACCAAAGACAAGGCAACAAAAUGUUUCUUCUGCCUGGGCGUGACUGACGAGACGGACAGUGUCAAAGUGAUGGUGUACGGAGAACAGCGCUACCAGGAGCUCAAGGAGGGCAACUACUUCCUCUUCCGAGAUGUCCUGGUGGAAAGCGACAUUCUCAAGCUGACCAGUCGCAGCAGCAUAUCCCGGACCACUGCCUUCCCUGUUCCUGAGCGGCUGGAGAUGGAAGCUUGCUCGCUGCUCUCCCCCCAGUGUACACUUUGCUCCAUCGCGCAGGCCAAGAUGGCAGCAGACGGUACCUUUGUGAGCGUCACAGGCACUGUGAUAGCGAUCGGGUCACUCGGACACGUGCUCUCCAAGGUUGAUGACCAGGAGAAAGUAUUCCAAGAGUUGACGCUGAGGGACGGAGCAGACUCCAUUGCUGUCUGCUUGUGGGAGGCCGCCAUCGGGCAUCUGGACAGGCUGUCGCUGGGGGACGUGGUCAGGGUAACCAACGUCAAGAAGAAGUGCUUUUCUGGGGACGCAACACUCAGCUCCACUGUGUUCACCAGAAUCUUCAAGGAUAAAUCCACGCCUCACCUUGCAGUCCUCUUGGUCGGAAUCGAGAGACUCGACAUGGCGAAGAUGCGCCUCGACGCCAAAGUAGACGAUCAGGUGCUGACACUGAUGGCCGACCCGGGUCUCGUGGCAGAGGCCUGCGGCGAGCAACUGGACGAGCAAUUUGAAGACAAACUUCUCAACAAACUUCCUCUGUCAGCCAAUGUAGAGCUAGCAGGAAAUUACGUCAAGGCCAUGAAAACCACCACACAUCCUAUAAUCUGUAAUUCUUCAAGUGUACACGUUUGAUACGAUGCAAAAAAAGGCAAAUGUUCUCUUUCUCUCACGUCUUUAUUUGCACACCAACACUUCAAUGCACAACUUAUUUUGACAUCCACACUUCCUGUCAUGUUUUUAAAUGGAACAUUUCAUCACAAGGUUGAGGAAUGAUGACAUCAAACAUUUACACAAAAAAUAAAUAAUGUGACACGUC